UCCCAGGUCUCUCACUGAACAACCCUUCCAUUGUGCAACCUUUAGCUUCUUAUAUAUGUUGUUUGAUCACAGUAUACUUGUAGUGUCUUUGCAAUUUUAAAAAAGUCUUCAGCAUAAAGAUCAUGCCUAUGAUCAUUUAAUGGAAAUUUAGUUUUAUAAUGCAUUUUUAGCAAGAUAGAAAGCAAAAUAUUGUAAAGAAUUUAAAUACACCAACAGUUUUCUGAUAACAAAUAGGUCAUUAAUGCUUGCAAAUUUAAAUGCUUUACUCUUCUUUAUUUUUAAUAAGUUUUUGCUAUAACAACCAUAUUUAAUGCAGCAAAACAUCAGAAAUUGUGCAAGUUAAGAGUUCCAUUGCUCAGUUUAUGAAUAAUGAUGACUUGGAAACAUUGUCAAAUUUGUAACAAUGGUGAGAUGUUACAGCACUAAUAAAAAAAAAAAAGGAACUGAAAAUGUGGAACCUUAGUCCUGUAUUUGUUAAAAACCUAAAGAAGAAAUCAAUUGGCCAACAGAGUUACAUAGAGAAAAAUAUAUACAGUAUAUACUUAAACAAUAAAAUGCUUUCUUUGGUGAUUCAUUCCGGAUAUGAAGGUAGUGACAUUGCAGAAAAAAUACAUCACCCGCGUUAUGUAAAUUUUUUCUGCAAUGAUCACUACCUUCAUAACCCGAAUGUCAAAGAAAGCAUUUUAUUGUUUAUAUUAACAUCUUUCUUUAAGCUAAUCGAUAAAUUGAUUAGGAAAUUAAGUAAGUAAAUUUCACUAAAUUACUGUUGAUGUACGUAAGUAAGUUAGUUAUAAGAAACAGCCAAAUCGUCUCCUGUGAGACUUUGAGUCUGACAUCGUCAUGAUUAUUUCGUGCAGUCCAUGAUUUUUCCUAGGUCGCUAUAGGUUUGGACCAAUCAAUAAACAGGGCAUGUCAAUAUCUGUCCUGUCAUUUUCUUGUCAGUUUCAGCCGCUGUAGAUUUCGACCAAUCGAUAAAUGGGGCAUGUAGAUUUCUAUCAGGCUGUUUUUAUAGAGCUAUGAAUUAACUAUAAGUUUUCGUAAGAAAUAGAGGGAAUAAUACUUGGGAGAUGUAAAUAGAUGUAUAUGACACCAGUUAACUGUCUUUAAAAAGGAGAAAGUAUCAUUUUAUUUAACAAGGUCUACAACAAACUAUUGUAUUAUUUAAAGUAGAAAUUGACUUCAGAUACCAGUAUCAGUUUUGUCCUAAAAGAAUUCAAUGAGUUAUAAAAUUUUGCAUGAAAUGUGGGCCAAUGGUUGCUAGUCUAGUGUUACAUUUCAAUUUUCAGUGUUAAUGUGUAAAAUCUCAUCUACCGGAAAUACUUGACAUGCUUCAGAAUAUCAUUAUUCUUAGCUGAUCAUCAUCAAAAACACAGAAAGUGUUUACUUAAGUUUCUUGAAGUAGAGCAAGUUAACUCUAUAAGAGUAAGUUAACUCAACAUGAAUUGUUUUUCAUUAUGAUGAUACUAUUUUUGCUUUGUUUAAUCGAUAAAAGACAAAUCAAAAAUCACAACAUUAAGACAUAUGAAAUAAAAAACUAAACAAAUAAUGAAUCAAUAUUCUGUGAUCUUAACGUUUUAUUCAAAGGAAAAUACAAGGAACGCCACUUGGAGUUACCAAACGAGGCAAAUAGUGUCAUCAGAUGAAAAAAUUAAUGAGGUGGCAGUUAACUAUCAAGGAUUAAGAAUUUAAGUUUUCGUAAUUUUAUAGGAUAUCAACAAACUAAUGCAUGAUGCUUUCAGGUUCAGCAAUUCCUGGGCAUGAAUGAAUUCUAUUGUAGUAGAUGUUUUGAUUCUUUUUUAUAUGUUUUAAAUGGUUUGAAAUGUAUAUCGGCACACCAGGGCACUAUGACAAAAACUUUUCAAUGCUAGCAGAUGAGCCAUGUUCAUGUGUCUGCAGUUUGACAUUUGGGGCAUGCUAGUUUUGGUUGUAAACUAGCAGUUCCUUUAUUAGAACGUUUGUUGAUCACUCUAUACAGUCUAGAAAAUGUAACAUCAGACUUGUACAAUAUAUCUCAUUACACUUCCGGGAUGUGUAAAGUUAGAAGAGAUUGAAAUUAAAUAAUAAUUUAGAGGAUAUUCAUAAUUGCAAACAUAGACUUUUAUCUAUAACUUGACAUCAGGCAUGAUUUUUACCUGUCAUGUCAAAAUAAUCAUGGUUUCAAAAAGAAGAAACAAAUAUAUGAAAAUAUUCUAUCUAAAUUCAAAAAUGUUUGAGUGAAAUACGCAGUAAAGAACAACAAGAAGUUAAGAAUAACAUGGCUAUAUCGGUGGGAAACACCUCUAUGGCUAUGGUGAUAUCAUUGGUCUGAUGUUUACAUUUUCUGAUCAGCAAAAGAUUGAACCAGCAUCUGUCUUGGAGCUGUGUCACUAGUAGUGCUCUGGUGGGCCGAAUUUACUGGACAUUGUUAAAAGGAGCUUCAUAGCUGAGAUGAAAUUUUAUGUGAACAAGAUUCGGCAAAACAUUCACGCUCGAGAACAUGGGUCUAACAAACAGGUAGCCUCCAAGUCGUGUGCCCUCUCCUUGGUACGUCAGCUCUACCACAUGGGGGUCAUUGAAGCCUACACAGGUCAAACCAAGAAAAAGGAUCAAGACAAGUUAGAGUUGUAUGAGGUGUCAGUAAACCCAGAGGCGCUGGUUCAGGUUGACAGGGCGCUGCAGGAAUGGAACAUACAGUUUGUUCCCGCACCUGCAGACCCAAGUCACCCCCACUCACUGGUAACCAGGACCACUCUGGAAGAGUUUGAGCCCCAGCCAAAGAGAAACUCCUCGGGGGUGGUACCAUGGUCCCCACCCCAGGAAAAUUGGAACCCCUGGUCAGCCUGUAACAUUGAUGAAGGCCCACUAGCCACGGCAACCAUGCAUCAAAUAAGUGAGGAUCUGUUUAACAACUCGGAACAGUCAAGGAAUCACAAUGAAAAUCUUAAAAUGAUGAUGGAAGAGCGCACCCAUUUACCUGUGUAUCAGUCACAUGAUCACAUCCUUCAGGUGAUCAAGAACAGUCCGGUCACUCUGAUCCGUGGAGAAACAGGCUGCGGGAAAACCACCCAGGUACCUCAGUUUAUCUUGGAUAAUGCCAUUGAGAUGGGUGUUGGAGCAGAUUGUAAUAUAAUUAUCACUCAGCCACGUAGAAUUUCAGCAGUGUCUAUUGCUGAGCGCGUUGCUCAGGAGCGCGGGGAGGAUUUGGGUGUGAGCACAGGGUACAGUGUGCGAUUUGAAUCUAUAUUCCCAAGGUACUAUGGAGCCAUCUUGUACUGCACUGUGGGAACCUUACUUAGAAGAUUAGAAAAUGGGAUGCGUGGCAUAUCCCAUGUGAUUGUCGAUGAAAUCCAUGAGAGAGAUAUUAACACUGACUUUCUGUUGGUGUUGCUGAGGGACAUGGUACAUGCCUACCCACAGCUGAGGGUCAUUCUGAUGUCUGCCACGGUGGACACGACUCUGUUCACCGAGUACUUUGGGAACUGUCAGGUGGUGGAGGUGUAUGGACGCACACACCCUGUUCAGGAGUAUUAUUUGGAGGACUGCAUACAGAUGCUGGGAUUUAUUCCACCACCCAGUGAUAAAAAGAAGAAGAAGGACAGGGAUGAAUUGGGAGAAGAGAUGGAUCAAGAGGAAAAUUGUAAUUUAUUGGUGAACAAUGAAUACUCUGAGCAGACAAGGCGUGCAAUGGCCAUGCUGAAUGAAAAGGAGAUGUCGUUUGAGUUGAUAGAGGCUCUCAUUAAAUACAUCAAGACAUUGAAGAUACCAGGUGCCAUUUUGAUUUUCCUGCCUGGAUGGAACCUGAUUUUUGCAUUGCACAGAUAUCUUGAGACCCACCCAGAAUUUGGUGGCCCAAUGUACAGAGCUUUGCCACUCCACUCACAGAUGCCCAGAGAAGACCAAAGAAAAGUGUUUGAGCCAGUCCCUGAGGGGGUCACAAAGAUUAUCCUGUCCACUAACAUUGCUGAGACCUCUGUCACAAUCAAUGAUGUUGUGUACGUGGUCGAUUCAUGCAAAGCCAAGAUGAAGUUGUUUACAUCCCACAACAACAUGACAAACUAUGCCACGGUGUGGGCCUCCAAGACGAACCUGGAACAGCGGCGGGGAAGGGCCGGGCGUGUCAGACCGGGCUUCUCCUUCCAUCUCUGUAGCAGGGCCAGGUUUGAGAGAUUAGACCAGCAUACCACUCCGGAGAUCUUCAGGACCCCCCUCCAUGAGUUGGCCUUGGCCAUUAAGCUUCUGAGACUUGGACCAAUAGGUUCAUUCCUAGCUAAAGCUGUAGAACCUCCUCCCAUUGAUGCUGUCAUUGAGGCAGAGGCUCUUCUAAAGGAAAUGAGAGCUCUGGAUAGCAAUGAUGAGUUAACUCCCCUGGGGAAGAUCCUGGCUCGACUUCCUAUUGAACCAAGACUGGGCAAAAUGAUCAUCUAUGGCUGCAUAUUUUAUUGUGGGGAUUCGAUGUGUACCAUUGCUGCCAGCACUACGUUUCCAGAGCCUUUCAUCACCCCCACCGACCGCAAGCGUCUGGGAUGGGUCCAUAAGUCCUUGGCAGGAAAUCGCUUUAGUGAUCAUGUAGCAUUGCUUAAUGCUUUCAAUCUGUGGGAAGAAGCCAGGAGUGGAGGCGAGCAGAAUGAGAUGUACUUCUGUGACCAGAAAUCUCUGUCCAUGCAGACUCUGAGGAUGACCUUCGAGGCCAAGCGGCAACUAUGUGACAUACUGAUCAAUGUUGGAUUCCCUGAGGAAUGUCUGACCCCACAGGUGUUCAACUUCACUGGUCCAGACAGAAAUCUAGACAUGGUCAUAUCUCUGCUGUGUAUGGGGUUGUACCCCAACGUGUGUUAUCAUAAGGAGAAAAGAAAAGUGUUGACAACAGAGAGUCGUGCAGCCUUAGUACACAAGUCCUCUGUCAACUGCACAAACAAAGAUAUCAAAUUCCCUUCACCUUUCUUUGUCUUUGGGGAAAAGAUUCGCACCCGAGCUGUUUCAUGUAAGCAGAUGUCUAUGGUGUCUCCACUGCAGCUGCUGAUGUUUGCUGCCAGAAAUGUUACACUGGAGGAAGGCAAUAUUGUCCUAGACAAAUGGAUAAAUUUGAAGAUGGAGUACGAGGCUGCAGCAAAGAUAGUAGCCCUUCGGCCGCCACUGGAGGCCCUGAUAGUGAGGAUCACAAACAACCCUGAGGGAAUCCAGAAUCCAGGGCCCCAGGAGGAGACCCUGAUGUCAGCGGUCCGGUCCCUGUCCAGACCCAGCACCGGGAGAUUCAACCUCAGCAGUGAGGGGGAGUCAGGGGAACCCCCUCACAAGAUGGCUCGGUUCGGAGGCCCCCCUAGAGGUGGGGGUGGAUACAGAGGAGGAUAUGGAGGGGGAGGAAUGUCCAAUUAUGGAGCAGGAGGGGGAUAUAGAGGAUUCAGAGGCAGCCGAGGGGGAGGAGGAGGAUUUGGGGGAAGUCGUGGAUAUAGUGGAGGCGGUCGUGGAUUUGGUGGGGGAGGAUAUGGAGGGGGCGGGGGAAGAGGAUACGGGGGUGGAGGUGGAAGGGGAUAUGGAGGCGGAGGAGCCCGAGGCUUUGGAGGUGGUGGCGGUGGGAGGGGGUUUGGGGGAGGAGGAUUCCGGGGAGGAAGAGGGGGAUUCCGCGGGGGCUACUGAAGAUCAUCAUUGUUCUGGACUGAUUCUUGACUGUAUCGUGACAAUAAUUUGUGCAAUUUUUAUUGACUUUCAUGUUAACUUCUGUAAAAUUUUGUUCAUAUAUGCAUUAAAAGUUUUGUAUGUUGAAAACAUAGAUAUAUAUGUUGAAUGAAUAAAGCAUCCUCAAAGCC